AUGACCAGUAUGGACGGGCAGAGUAUGGACGGGCAGAGACGACCUCCACAACACGUGGAAGCGCUGAGAGAGGAGGCCCACCGAGGUCACGGACGGCUCCUUUCAGGCAUAAUCUGUGUCAACAUCUUGAUUUUGGGCAUCUCCCUGGUUGCUGCCAGUGCUCUCAACAGUGUGGCCAUCACUGCUGAGCACCUGCAAAUCUUCCUCAUAAUCCUACUCCUCCUCUCUACGCUGUGGAUGCUGUUUUACAUGGUCUUCACCUCCAGAAAGGAUCAGGGACGUUUGUUUAAAGACAGCCACGCUGGGCCUGUGUGGCUAAAAGCUGGACUUGUGCUGUUUGGGCUACUCAGCCUCCUGAUGGAUAUCUUCAAGAUGGCCACUUAUGUUGGCUACCUCCACUGCGAUUCGGGUGUUAAAGUCGCCUUCCCUGCUGUGCAAGCAGUACAUUUGUUUGUCCAGACCUACUUCCUGUGGAUUCAUGCAAAAGACUGUGUGCAGCAACACACUAAUCUAACAAGGUGUGGUCUUAUUAUUACACUUUCAACUAAUCUAGUAGUAUGGAUGGCAGCCGUAACUGAAGAGUCGCUUCACCAAACUGGGAUUCCACAUCUGAAUACCAGUUCCUCACACGGAGACAGCUCCAGUGAACACAAGUGUAACUGCAGUCACUCUGCAUGCGACACUUUUAAAGAUGCUUUCUUUUAUCUGUACCCCUUCAACGUAGAAUACAGUUUAUUUGCCGCAGCUAUGGCCUACGUCAUGUGGAAAAAUGUGGGUCGGUUUCUGGAGGAUCACAACCACCACAAAAUGAAGUUCCGUCCGAAGGAUGUGUGUUUGGGGCCUGUGCUGGGGGUGCUCCUGGUGCUGGCAGGAAUUUUAACAUUCAUUUUUUAUGAACCGUACAUUCAAACAGAUGAUGAGGAGCAGAGAAAGGAGGCCCUGGUGAUUCACUUUAGCCUGAAUAUGGUGAUAGUGACCCUCAUGUCCAUCUCCACUGUGAUCGGCUGUGUUGCCUACAGGCUCGAUCACAGGGAUCACGUAUCAGAGAAAAAUCCCUCUCGCAGCCUGGAUGUGGGGCUUCUGGUGGGAGCCUCAAUGGGGCAGUUCAUCAUUUGUUAUUUCACUAUUGUGGCUGUGGUGGCAACGGAAGCCAAAAGCUAUUUGAAUGCUCUCAACCUGGCCUGGGCUGUGAUGCUCGUGCUGCAGCUUGGCCUGCAGAACUACUUCAUCAUCGAAGGCCUCAAUCGUGAGCCUUUCCACGUCACGAAUGAGGCAGCUCUGCACACAAGUACGCACGUCCAUGUCCAUGAACAUGCAGGAAUUGGCACCAUAAUGGAGCGUAACGAUGCCACCUAUUUCAAAAAUUCAGGUGUUGAUAAGCCAGAGUGGAAAAGAAGAGUUCUGAAGGAAGUCUGUGCCUUUCUACUGCUUGCAAACAUAAUUCUUUGGAUCAUGCCUGCAUUUGGAGCUCGUCCACAGUUUAACCAUUCAGUUGAGAUGCACUUCUACAAAUACACACUGUGGACGGCUGUUGUGAAUAUUGGACUUCCCUUUGGAAUAUUUUACCGUAUGCAUUCUGCUGCUAGUCUCUUUGAGGUUUAUUUAAUGUCUUAG